AUGUUGACCCUUUAUGAUUCGGUUAUCUCACUGACGCUGAUGGAUUUCGAUUCAAAUAUUGGCAAGGAUAGGGUAUGUGACUCUCCUCCCCCCCCCCCCACGCACUGCGUGGUUGGUCAAAAGCCUACCUUCUUAGUUCGUUCGGUGUGCUUCAUAACGCCUUGCCUGGCAGUAGACCGCAAAAGGAUUUAUGUAGGGAGCGGAUUUCAACCUCCGAUAGCGCUAUGAACAUUAAAGUUGCCCGUUUACGGGUUGGGCAACGGUUACAAUUGGUGUUGGUCGGGUUUUUCUUGAGACUAGGGUUGGCUGUGGUUUGGAUUUCGGAAUGAGGCUAGGGAUUACAAUUUUAAGGAAUUGGCCUAAGGUUGCGGUCGCAUCCGAGUUUUCCAUCAAUGUCUACGGGUUAGAGAUUUCCCAUUAAAGGCAUAGCCAUGAAUGGCGUUAGGUUUGUGGUUAACUACGAUCUCCCCCAAGGGGGUUACAUACCAUACUCUUGCUUAAAUAUUCAUAUCAAUAUUCAGGCUGGGCCUAAAAAACCUCUUCCCGAAAGGGUGUAGCCAAAGUUGCACUUAGGAGAUUAGAAGGCUAAAGUAGGAGCCUGGAAUGAUUGUGCUUCCGUCGUGUGUGCAUUCUGAGUUCGUUAGUUGCAGCCAAUCUGCACUAGACCGUGAGCCCAGAUCUUCCUAGACUUAAAGUUCCAGCAUUAUCUUUGUCACUUGGCCAUUGGGGCCUAAAAUGCAAUGCACCGGUCGCUUAGACAGCAAAUGCCAACUUCUACUGGACUUCCAAGCAGACAACGACGUAAUACGCGCAAGGCCACAACUGCUGCUACUCUUGAAGGUUAUACGGACACUAGCAGCCCUCACUCGGGAGUGAGUGUUGUUAUUGGUUAAGGCGAUUCUUCUGGACAUGCCAGGACGACCUUACAUUUUCUCAUGGUCACAGUGAAGGGUGAGAGAUUUCGAGGCUAGCCAAUCGGGCGUGAGAAAUUCGCCCUGCGCACAAACCAGGGGAGAUUUUGUUCGUCUCAGGCAAGCGACAAAUACACUUCGUUUCUGCAAACCCGAGACAAACUGCGAAGUAAUUAAACAAACACUUGCAGUGAACGUUAUAAAAGUCACCAGACAAAAUUGAGACGCUUUAUUAUAUGAUGUCUAAGUGCACCAGUGGAUGCUCGAAGUAACUAUUAUUAGAAGGCUCCUAACGCGAAAAACUCAGUCGUGCAUUCGCUUCAGACGACCAGCCCGACGCCGCUCGCUAAAAGUGCACCGAAAAGUCAAAAUAACUCGCGACUGCUAGUACCCGAAAGUUCUAAGACGCUAAUUUGGCAAGACUUUAGUUUUCUGGGCAGUAAAAUAUCCCCUCACUGGCCGAAGAGGCGUUGGAUGCAAGCACCAUUUGGCGAACACCCUGCAGGAAGUCAUAGGCAGGAGAUUACUGACAAUGGCAUGGAAGACUGCGGUGGCCAUUUCCGGCUUAUUAGCCUUCGUUAGCCGGUCUUUCCCAACCCCAGAUUUGGUGCACUUGAGCGAUAAACCCGCUUUCUCUCGGUUUUCGAGCGUUAAUUAGCCUAAAACUCCACCAAUCCAGCGACGGGCUAGUUUUCCUAAUAGCUGUGAUCAGGAAUACUAUGUUGGAAGUUUGUUCGAUGAUUCAGAACCUCCACUGCCUCGAGGGUUCAGUAGCGAAUUGAGCGGGACAGCGAAGACUGGAAUGACUAGUUCCGACUUAUUAUCCGCCGACAGCCAGUUAUGCCUGGGUCCAGGCAUUGAUCCCGGACUUUAGACAGAAUCCCAAGACGCAACGCGCCCCGUUAUCUGAUUGGUGAACGCCCUUCCACCGUAGUUAAUAUCACUGAUCACAAUCAGCAGGAUAAUAACCCCGAGGCUUAAAUGGUAGGGCGUUAGGCCGGAUGACCAAAGAGGGCUGCAUCGGGGUUUAGGUGCUGUAAACAUGGGUUUUGGUAAGGCUGACUGACGACGGCUAAUAAGCCUGAAAAGGUCAUUUCAGACUCUCUUCUCUUUGUCGGUAAUCUCCUCCUGCCCAUACUACCUACAAUUCGGCCGUCGUUGCCGAUUAGGCCCAUCAUUCGCUCUACAGCAGGGUGAGAUCACAGAUAGUGGAUUGUGAGUGAAGUACCUUAUUGGUAGCAGACUUGCACAGCAUCUACCGCACUCUCCCCUCCUCCUCCCCCACCUGGGCCUGGUGUCACGACAAAGUUGAGAAUGCCCGAUGGCGGGAGAGGACUCAGGUGGCUGGCAUGGCGUAAAUCUGUACCUAGACGUGCCACCAGCCCCCUGGUCCACAACUUACACUGACCAGGAUUUUCCACCAAGAAAAAGGAGGGCGGCUCAAAUCCCAACUGCCGCACAGUGAACCGGCAAAUGGGCCUCCCACCGCAUCCCAAUGUUGGCAACUGUUAUGGGUGCGCAUUCACAAUAACACCUGCCGGAUUCUGAUAUAGUCCCUGUAUUGAUCCAGUGCAUCUACCGUUGGCUCGUUUUAGGGCUCAACCUUUACUACUAAUCGCUGUGCGUCUGCCUGUGCGGCUCUUGAUCGCGCCAAAAAAGCACGAGACGAUCAGGUCCCGUAAACAGUUCGCCGAACGCCCUUCCAGCAGAGCAGAAAGUUAUGCUUGAGAGUCGAAUUCAGACGGCAAAGCACCUUUACCUAGCUCCGCUCCUGCGCAAUGUCUAAGGCUGUCGUACCAUAUUUUUGGGUUUGAAUUAGUCCGAGUAAACAUCCGCCAUAGGGGGAUUGGAUGUACCUUGUGCUUGAACCUACACUUGAAGCAACUGUUGUAAGCGCUGACCUAGGCGGCUCCAGAAUCAAUGUUUCCGCCCAGUUCCGCACAUGCUCUACGCUCAUUGGCUAAGGCUCUAACAAUCUGCGACUGUCUCUGAUGAUGGGUUCGAGCGAUGAUCCAAAACGUCAGGCCAAUAAAUUUUCUGUUCCAAUGAUCGCAUCUUCGUCUUCUGCUCUAACAACUGGUAUCAAAUUAGCGUUUUAACCCCUAAAACUUAUAGCUGACAGUCACAAAAUCCAUUUCAGGUCUAAAUAAAAAAAAUCUGCCGCUCUAUUUCAAUUAAUCCCAAUAACGGAAGCUGUAAUUCGAGUGGAGAGGAAUCAGAGACAGUCACGUCAAGUGGAAUAACCGUGUCACAGACCAGUUCACAAUUUCACCUAAACUGGAGAGCGAAGACGAUGGGAUAAACCCCACCAGAUGACAACCAAUAUUCAAAAUAAAAUGUCACUCUAGUCUUCGAAUAUUUAUGUGCCUGAUCGGAGAACAAACAGACGUGGUGGUGGUGGUGGUGGUGGUGGUGGUGGUGGUGGUGGUGGUGGUGGUGGUGGUGGUGGUGGUGGUGGUGGUGGUUGCGGCGGCGGCGGCGGCGGCGUGACUCUACGAUCUGGUUUUGUUUAUUCGUCAGCCUCAAAAGUCGGUUCUUGA